AUGAGAACUGAAGAAGAGAGAAAAAAGGAUAAUAUUAUAAUAGCAGUGUUUUUGGGUAUACACAUCUCUGGAUUUGAUUCAUUCCUUUCGUUCAAGUUCCCGCCCAGGGAUAGGAGAAGUGCUAAUUCAAGAUGGAAGAGGACGUUGGUACUUAUAUACGCCGAGGGGCACGACGGGAUUUUAAACGACAACGGUCUGUCGAUAGUCCAAGUGGAAGAGAUGUGCAAAAACAAAGACACAAAUUUUUGUGAUAAAAUAUAUGGUUUAUCCCUACAUGACAUGAGGGAUCUAUUUGUGGAGCUGACAAAUUUUAUCAUGUACGCGGAUUACGAAGAGCAGGUGAAAAUGGAGAAAAAGAUUUUCACAUCCACACAGCGGGCAUUAACAUUUAUGAAGCAGAAUAUAAAAAAAGAAACGGAAGAAUUGGUCAACACAGCGAAGAAGUAUAUUGAUGAGCUGUUCGGGAGUUAUGACAUUUUGAACAAACAGGAAUGGGAGGAUAUAUCUAAAUUAAAUUUAUUUUUAGACCUGAAUGGAGAGCAGGAUGUGUUAUUAAUUAAUGGAAGGCACAUAUUUUUUCACGUGAUGAAUGUGAAAUUCCGGAGGAUAAUUCCUUUAAAUACUCAGGACGUGUGGGACAAUAUUACAGAAUUAUAUAAACAUAACAAGAAUAUAUUUGAUCGUUAUGAAAAGAAAAUUGCUAAAAUUGAAAAGGACAUACAAACUUAUUUAGGACAUGGAGGGAAUAGGUUUCCAUUGAAUUAUACCCAGUGGAAUAAUAGCUACAUUAAUAUUACCCAGAAUGUAGCAGUGAGAGCUUUCUUGGAUGAUUUUUAUAACUACUUUAGCAGAUUAGAAAGGAAGAUAUUGUAUCAAGGCAAGAGAUGGGUAGAGGUAGAUGUAUCAUUUUUGGAUGGGACGCUAGAAGCGCUUAUUAGUAUUAUAAAAUCUACCAUUGAACAGAAAACGGUGAAAUUAUUUUCUAUGUUAAACAAAAUAUUUGAGGGAGAUUUAAGAUCCAUUUUGGGUUUUUUUUCGCACUUAUUUGAUAAAGAGCGUAAGAAGAAUAAAUUGUUUUUAAAAAGUAUUGAGAAGGAAAAGACGGGGGAUGAGUAUGACAAUAAUUUUUUAUUCGAUGUUGAAUCGUUAUAUGUGGAAGAGAAAAAAGACAUACAAAAGGCCUUAUCCAAAUUUAAGCAUUUUAUGAGAGUCAAUCUUGGAAUUGAUAUCAGCAGUACAAGUGUCCGUUUGCUUAAAAAUAAAAUAGAAGAGGAGGAUGUGGAGGAACAGGAGAAGCAAAUCAUGAAUAUUUUCAGUAUCAUUGUUCAUGAAUUAUUGUGUAGGAAAGAAGUUAUUGAGUUUGUCGACCUUGUGAAUUUGUUGAAGAAAAACGCCAAAACGUGUUUUUCCUAUUUGAGAAAUGUUUUGGGCUGUCUGACCCCCCCAAAGGACAAUUGCUUAUUUAUAGAAACGAGGAAGUUGAUUCCUGUGGUGUCCAAAUGUACUGAAAUUAGAGAAAAGAAUAAUUGCCAUGUUAAACAAGAUGACAGUGAGGAAAGUAUUGUAGAGAUAAUGAAAGAUAUAAAGAAUGCUUUUUUCAGGUAUAGGAUUGCUAUUAAAAUAUUGUUGCUGCUGAUUGAGGACCUCAAGGUGGCCAAGGAGCUUAACGGCGAAUAUGAAAUGUUGGUCAAGGAGAAGGAAAUGGCCAAGAAAGCAUUUUUGGAUAGUUGUGAGGACAGUGAGAACAUGGAGGAAAUUUACAAAAAUAUCAUGCAGGAAUGGAACAAAAAAUUGGAGGCCAAGAACGUGGCCAUGGACGCGAAUAAAAACGCUAUUGUAUUUUACCUCUGCUUAAUUAAGGAGUUCAAACUUGGUUAG